CUUGAUGCAUUGUCAGUUGUCCCCAGUUGGAUGGUUUCUCUCUCUAGGCAAUACACACACAGACAUGAGAUAGGAGGAGGAGGAGGAGGAGGAGGAGGAGGAGGUUGUGUAGAACAGUAGAACUGGAAGGGUGAUCAUUACACCCGCCACAACACAUAAUAAUAGUAGACUACUAGCCGAGCCAUGAAAUUAGUGCCAGUAGCAGUAGUAGGCGGAGGAGGAGGAGGGACGGAUCCAAUCAGCGGCUCAAUCGAUCUCCUGUCUUCUCUGCUGACAGCGAUCCCGCUGUGCCACCACUUCAGGCCCAAAUGGUCGCUUGUCAGGGCCAAGCUCUCCGAUCUCCAAUCCCUGCUCGCCGAGUUCUCUCACCUCCCCUUCUCCGCCUCCAACCCCCUCUCCCUCGACCUCCUUCGCUCCCUCUCCCACACCCUCUCCGACGCCCUCUCCCUCGCUGACCUUUGCCAGACCCCGUCCCUCCCUGCCGGCAAGCUCAAGACCCAGAGCGAGCUCGACUCCGUCCUCACUAGGCUUGACCGCCACAUCGCCGACGCCGGCGUCCUCGUCAAGAGCGGCGUCCUCCUCCAGUGCACCGCCCCCGCCCCCCUCGCCAGCUCUAACCCUUCUCCCUCCUCCUUCAAGAGGGAAGCAGUCCGGGCCGAGUCCAGGAACCUCAUUACCCGCUUGCAGAUUGGAGGCCAUGACUCCAAGAACUCCGCUAUGGACUCCCUGCUGGGUCUCCUCCAGGAGGAUGAUAAGAACGUGAUGGUCGCCGUUGCGCAAGGGGUCGUCCCCGUGCUCGUCAAACUGCUCGAUUUGGGCUCUGAUCUGGAGGUCAAGGAGAAAGCCGUGGCUGCCAUCUCCAGAGUCUCGACAGUGGAGAGCAGCAAGCACCUGCUGAUCGCCGAGGGGCUACUUCUCCUGAACCAUCUCCUCCGGGUCCUCGAAUCAGGGAGCGGGUUCGCCAGGGAGAAGGCCUGUGUCGCCCUCCGAGCUCUGAGCUUUUCCAAGGAAAACGCGUGGGCUAUCGGGUGCAGGGGCGGCAUCUCCUCUCUGCUGGAGAUAUGCGUGGCGGGCACGCCCGGCUCCCAAGCUUUUGCAGCAGGGGUCUUGAGAAACCUGGCCGCAUUUCGGGAGAUCAGGGAGAAUUUCGUGGAGGAGAAUGCGGUCGUGGUGCUUCUGGGGCUCGCAGCUUCGGGGACUGCUCUGGCCCAGGAGAAUGCAUUUGGGUGUCUACAUAAUUUGGUGUCCAACGAUGAGAAUCUGAAGUUGCUGGUGGUCAGGGAGAAGGGGAUCGAGUGUCUGAAGGAUUACUGGGAUUCCUCUCCCAGUGACAAUCGAGGACUCGAAGUAGCAAUCGAGCUUCUGACCCAGCUGGCAUCCUACCAGCCAAUCGGGGAGGUCUUGAUCUCGGAUGGGUUCAUCCCUCGGCUCUGCACAGCUCUGAGCUGUGGGGCCAUGGGCGUGAGGGUGGCUGCUGCUCUGUGCAUUUACGAGCUGGCUUUGAGCCCGAAAACGAAGAAGGAAAUUGGGGAGUGUGGGUCCAUCAAUGUGCUGGCCAAGAUGUUGGACGGGAAGGCUAUAGAGGAGAAGGAAGCAGCUGCAAAGGGGCUGUCUAGCCUGUUGCAGUACGCGGGCAAUCGGAGGAUGUUCAGAAAGGAAGAUGGCGGGGUCAGGAGUGCAGUUCAGCUGCUGGAUCCCUCCAUCCUGAAUCUGGAUAAGAGAUACCCGAUCUUGGUAUUGGCCUCGCUGACCCAUUCGAAGAAAUGCAGGAAGCGGAUGGCUGCUGCAGGUGCCUGCGACUACUUGCAGAAGCUUGCCGAUAUGGAUAUAGAGGGCGCCAAGAAGCUCUACGGAAGCAUUAGGCGGGGAAAUAUCUGGAACGUGUUCUCCACACCCUGACUCGCAUGGCAUUGAUCGUGGUCUAUCUAGACUUCAAUCUGACCGACACAGAGAUUUUAAUUUUCAACUUACACCCAUAUCAAUGGUACAGUAAUUUGAAGAGAAGAUUAUCAUUCAUCUAUCUUAUCCUUAUCCCAUGUAUGUAUAUAUUCGUGUACAUAUAUAUUCACAUAUAUAUGGAAUGUAUGUAUGUAUGAAUGUAUGCAUGUACAUUAGUUACUUACAGUUGUUUCUUUUCUUUUUCGUUCGCCUCUUUCUGUUGGUGGGUUUCAUUUCAUAGAUCUGUCAAUGAUUGUUAGAUAGGCAUGCAAGCAGGCGUCACUUCUGAUCUCUCAGUGUCAAGGGGAUAGAUGCUUGGAGGAAAGGCUGGAGCCAAUGGAAUCUUGGUUGGUGAACUAACUGGGUUGACGUUUAUUUGUUUUGGUAGGAGAAAGAAAUUAAAAAAAAAAAAAAAAGGAAAUCGGAGGAGGUGUGAGUAGAUUAUUAGCUUCUGCUUUGCUUGCAUGUGUUGACUUGACUACUGUGGGAUAUAUAAGGAGACAAGAGUUUCCACCAACGGUGAUGUUUUCUUACUUUUA